AUGAGUCUUGAGUUUUGCGAGCUGCCUGAGACCAUCCUCCUGCAGCAAUGGGACAAGGUCGGGCGGCGGCUGGUGGAUUCGUCGCUUGCGAUUGAACGAAACGGCGAGACUUCGUGCUUCUCCCGCUUCGCCAUCACCUGUAGCCAAGCCCCCGGAGGAGGCGAGGUCCACCUACACUGCACGCAACGAGCCGACUCCACCCCCUCGACGCAGCGCUCGGGCGCCGGUAACUACCUGGAGAUGCGACUCUUCUACUUUGCCCCGCUCAUGGACGUACUCUACUCUUACUUUGCGAAGAACAUCCCCGGCGAGUUCUGGAUCGAUCACAGCGACCAGCCGACGUCCACGUCCACCACCGCCACAACGCCGUCCGCUUCAUCUUCAUCGUCGUCACAACGGCUCUCGUUUCUGGACGACCCGUCGGUACGAUCACGCCUGGGCGACGCUGUCCAGGCGAUGGAGGAGCGUUUGCGGUCGCUGUGGCAGGCCGUCGUGGACGCUCCGGCGGGACCCAAGCACGAACGACAAGCUGUGCACUUCCUGUGGCUGGUCGAGGAGUGGCUGCACGCGCAACAGAUGCUCGCGCCCGCCGGUGAUGCUCGCCUCACGCUGCCCUCUGCCGCCAGCGCCACAGAGCGCAUCAAGGCGCUUUUCGACCUUCUCCACCGAUUGUGUCCUCAGUGA